CGAUUUCAAUCGCUGAUCUUUGGCUUUCCGGCUUUCUCUGCUCUGUCGGGAUUAGUGCUGUGUCUUUGUUCCUUCUCCGACGAUUUUGACCUCCUCCGUGUUGGUGUUGAUCAUCGAAAAUGCAUUCUAGUCCUUUGCUUCUUGAGGAACCUAUUAGGAUGUCAUCCGUCCUCGAGCCAUCCAAGCCUAGUUUCUUUCCAGCUAUGACAAAAAUUGUUGGAACUCUUGGUCAGAAGUCACGAUCAGUUGAUACAAUUGCCCGCUGCCUUGAUGCUGGAAUGUCUGUGGCAAGGUUUGAUUUCUCCUGGGGUGAUCGGGAGUACCACCAAGAGACAUUGGAAAAUUUAAAGGCUGCUAUCAAGAGUACCAAGAAACUCUGUGCGGUUAUGCUUGAUACUGUGGGUCCAGAACUGCUAGUGAAUAAAACUGAACGCCCUGUUUCCCUUCAAGCAGAGACUUUGGUUGUGUUAACCCCGGAUCAAAACAAAGAAGCGACAUCAAAUCUCUUACCAGUUAAUUUCAAUGGGCUAUCAAAGGCAGUGAAACCGGGUGACACUAUUUUUAUUGGUCAGUACCUCUUUACAGGAAGUGAAACAACAUCUGUAUGGCUUGAGGUCACUGAGGUGCAUGGUGAUGAUGUCACUUGUCUCAUAAAAAAUUCCGCUACACUGGCUGGGACGUUGUAUACUUUACAUGUCUCUCAGAUUCGUAUUGACCUUCCUACACUUACUGAUAAGGACAAGGAGGUUAUAAGCACAUGGGGUCUUCAGAACAACAUAGACUUCCUUUCACUGUCAUACACUCGGCAUGCUGAAGAUAUUCGUCAUGCCCGUGAAUUUCUCUCCAAACUUGGUGACCUGAAACAGGCACAAAUUUUUGCAAAGAUCGAGAAUAUUGAGGGAUUGAUGCAUUUUGAUGAGAUAUUGAGAGAAGCAGAUGGUAUCAUUGUCUCUCGUGGAAAUUUGGGGGUAGAUCUCCCACCUGAGAAGGUGUUUUUAUUCCAAAAAGCUGCUAUCUAUAAGUGCAACGUGGCUGGAAAGCCUGCUGUUGUUACACGUGUUGUGGAUACUAUGACUGACAAUUUAAGACCUACUCGUGCUGAAGCAACUGAUGUUGCCAAUGCAGUCCUGGAUGGAAGUGAUGCAAUUCUUCUUGGGGCUGAGACACUGCGAGGAUUGUACCCUGUAGAGACAAUUUCUACUGUUGGAAAAAUCUGUGCAGAGGCGGAGAAAGUUUUUAAUCAGGAUUUGUAUUUCAAGAAGACUGUCAAAUAUGUGGGGGAGCCAAUGAGUCAUUUGGAAUCAAUAACUUCCUCUGCGGUUCGCGCGGCCAUAAAGGUCAAGGCCUCUGUUAUUAUUUGUUUCACUUCAUCUGGAAGAGCAGCAAGGUUGAUUGCGAAGUACAGACCAACCAUGCCUGUAAUAUCUGUUGUCAUUCCUCAACUGAAAACAAAUCAACUCCGAUGGACUUUCACUGGUGCAUUUGAGGCAAGGCAAUCACUUAUUGUUAGAGGUCUUUUCCCAAUGCUGGCGGAUCCACGUCAUCCAGCUGAGUCUACUAGUGCAACAAAUGAAUCAAUUUUGAAGGUUGCAUUAGAUCAUGGCAAGGCCUUUGGCAUCAUUAAGCCCCAUGACCGAGUUGUUGUUUGCCAGAAAGUAGGUGACUCUUCAGUUGUGAAGAUUAUUGAGCUUGAAGAUUAGAACUUUUACGUCGUACUGAAGGUUCGAUUAUAAAAUUCCUUACAUAGCUUUUUGGGCUUUAGAAUUUUCUCGUGCACCGGUAACAUUGAAGGACCACGUUUCAUAAUAAGGAAAAGGUACACAUCGAAGUUUUGUAUCAUAACGUUGGUCAUACCAUUUUGCUGAAAUGAGUAAUGUAAUUCCACUGCUGUUUGCUGAAUCAGUUGUUUGUAAUUAAGCUUGUAUUACCCCCGACGGGCUUCCAAUAUUGCAAACUGGAGUAUACCA